AAAAGAAAGACUGCAAAAAUCACAAACAUCUACGAGAAAAGAACAAGUUUUUUUAAACGUUUACAACAAAAUCUAACAAAAUAUUGUAAUAUUUCUAGUGAAUUUUAAUAAAAAUAAACUUAUUAAAUUAAAUCCACAAUAUGGCUCUCGUGAAACCCAAAUCUGAAUUGACUCCCGAAGAGUUGGCUCGCCAAGAAGAGGAAGAGUUCAACACGGGACCUUUAUCAGUGCUCACCCAGUCAGUAAAAAACAAUACUCAGGUCUUAAUUAACUGCCGCAACAAUAAAAAACUGUUGGGCAGAGUAAAAGCCUUCGAUCGCCAUUGUAAUAUGGUAUUGGAGAAUGUCAAAGAAAUGUGGACGGAAAUACCACGUACGGGAAAGGGCAAAAAGAAGGUGAAACCUGUGAACAAAGAUCGUUUCAUAUCAAAAAUGUUCCUACGGGGAGAUUCAGUUAUACUGGUAUUAAGAAAUCCCUUGGCCACAGCUGCCGGAAAGUAAAAAGUGAAGUGUAAGAGAACAGUUUAAUUUUUAAGUAAUUAAUUCGAAAGGAAAACUCAUGGUGGAACGUACUAGCAAUGUUGUACCAUGGGAAAACUGAAUUUUUAUAUUAGUUUUUUCCAUUUACUUUGUGUAAAAAUAUGAAUAAAUUUUUAUUUUAAAAAAUUUUAAUAAAA